GAAUGAUGGUUUAUAGUUGGCAUUUCGGUCGAUGUCGUGUGGAUAAACGAUGUGUUUGGUAGUCUGGGUGAAAGGGGAACGAAGAGGUGCGGAAGUCGUUACGGUGUGUUGAUUUCGAGGUAUUUGGAAACAAAGAGCAUGUACUGAAUAGACGUUGUAGGAGAACUAAACGUUGCUCGUGUAUUUUGGAUAGUUUGUAAUGGUUUCCAGUAUAAAUGAGAAGUUAAAAUGCAGUGUGAAAUACGGGGAAUGGGAGAUGAAGCUGCCAAGACUAGUACCGACACGUUGCCCAGACCAGGCCGUGUAAAUGAAGUGUGUCGUGAGUGGCUAGUCAAAGAGGAUGGAGCACUGGCCUACAGACUGCAGACUGAGGAAAUCAAGCACCACUAUACAGGCAACAAGUCUCGGAAUGCCCUUGUGCGUCAGGACUUCCCCUGUGCCCUGGAUGAACAGCGUCGUGAAGAGGAGGAGGCUGCUGCUUUGCAGACCAUGUAUCAUCAGAUGGUCCAUCAACAGGAGGAGAUUGAUGCCCAGGUAGCAAAGCAGCUGGCAGAGAAGAUAGAGCGUGAAGAGCUUGAAAAACGGCAAGCUCUGGAGGAGGGGGACCAGGAGAUUGCUCGCAAGCUGCAAGAACGUGAACGACUGCGUACUGAGAGGCGGGAGAGGGAACGCCUUGAAAUGCAAGCCUCAGCUGAAAGCAGCAUUGAUCACCCUCAGUAUGAUCGAGACAUGAAUAAUGUUGGUCUGCCAUCUCCGUCCCAGUACAGCCCAGAGGCACUCUCUCAACAGUUCAGGCUGUGCACAUUGACAGAUGCUGCUGUCCAGACCAAUAGUAUCUGCCAGUCUCCUGAAGAGCCAUUUGCUGGCAGCCCCCCCUCACCUCCAGCACUAAGUGAGGAGGAAGCAAGGAGAAUACAGGAGGAACAAGAUGCUGAGUUCGCUCGUCUCCUGCAGGAACAGGAAGGGUCCCAACAGUUGGACAUGUUGGAUCAGGACAGACUGAUGGCCAUCGAAGCUCAGGACAAGGAAUUAGCACGAAUGCUGCAGGAGCGGGAGCGGGCUAAAGCAAAGCGAGCAAGGGAGCGAGCCAAGCAGAAAGCGCUCUUGAAGAAGCAGCAACUGCUAUCAGAAGAUGAGGGUUUUGUAGCUUCACCAUCUGCCCAUGGCCAUCUUCCAUCAGGUACUGAAUGGGUUGCACAAGAUGGACCAAAUGCUGCUCAUUUUACUGCCAUCCGCCCAACUGAUCUUGACCUGACCUCAGGAACCAGCAGAGCUGCAGCAAGUAGAGGCAAACAGAGGUUUCCAGACCCAGAAGCAAUAGAAGUGUUACCAUCCCCUGAGCCUGGCCCUUCUCAUUCUGCAUUGCCCAACAUUGCCAUGGCCAUAGACCCCACUUAUCCUCGCAGAGCUACCAUUACCCAUACCAGCACGUACAACACCUCAGUAGUAGAAACACCCCCUAGCAACAUCUCCAGCCCUGCUGUCUCGCUGCCCCCUCCAGAAUUUGAUGAUGAUGAUAGCCCUGUGCCACCAUAUAUGCCAAUACAAGGUCAGCGGAGGUCAGCAUCUCUUGAGAAGAAAAGCAAGAAAGGGCGCAGUAAAGAUAGCUGCAAACAGCAGUGACCAGCUCAGAAACAGAAGGGUCAUGUAUCAAAAUUAGUGGUGCAAAGAUAGUACGAGGGUUGGAACUUUAAUAGUGGCAACUAUUUAUUUACAAGUGAUACAAAAUAGAUGCAUAUUUUGAAGUUUUACUGUCCUUCAGUGUAGUCACUAGCAUGGUAUACAACCCAUUGCCAACAAUGUGGAAUGGAGCGGUCUGCUGCCUGAAGAAUAUCUGGAACAGUUCUGAAGCGAAUGCCACGAAGUGGUUCCUUCAUCUUAAGAAUCAAGUCGAAGUCACAAGGGCUUAA